GAGCGAGAGAACAGAGGUGAAGGAUCAGGAAGUGAAUACCGGAAUAUUCAAGCCGAUCACAAGAUUAAACAGUGGAGAAAAUUCCUGUGUAGCUCAAAGAACAAACAAGCAUUCAUAGUAUUUGUAACCAACGAGUGGAAGAAAGACAAGCACAUGGAGAAGCUAUCAGGAAAGACACUGGUUGUCACGUGUGGUAAUUCAUGUUAUCAGAUAUCGUCUGGAGUGGUGCGACCAAUCAGUGAGCUCGAAUCAACCCAAGAGGAAGCUGACACCCGAAUGCUCUUACACUCACUCCACGCAGCUAGAUAG